AUGGACGAGUCCCCUGAGCCUCUGCAGAACAGAGGGCUGGUGCUGGUCCGACGGCAGCGCCCAGCACCCCGGGGUCUGUGUGAGAUGCUGAAGGCCAGGCUGUGGCGGAGCUGCUCAUGCAGCGUGCUGUGUGCCUGGGCGCUGGUGCAGGACCUGCUCCCCGUCACAAGCUGGCUGCGUCAGUACCGCCCACGGGAGUACCUGGCAGGUGACGUCAUGUCCGGGCUGGUCAUCGGCAUCAUCUUGGUGCCUCAGGCCAUCGCCUACUCAUUGCUGGCCGGGCUGCAGCCCAUCUACAGCCUCUAUACGUCCUUCUUCGCCAACCUCAUCUACUUCCUCAUGGGCACUUCACGGCACGUCUCCGUGGGCAUCUUCAGCCUACUUUGCCUCAUGGUGGGGCAGGUGGUGGACCGGGAGCUCCAGCUGGCUGGCUUUGACCCUUCCCAGGACGGCCUGCGGCCCGGGGCCAACAGCAGCAUCCUCAACAGCUCAGCUGCCAUGCUGGACUGCGGGCGUGACUGCUACGCCAUCCGCAUUGCCACCGCCCUCACGCUGAUGACCGGGCUUUACCAGGUCCUCAUGGGCGUCCUCCGGCUGGGCUUCGUGUCCACCUACCUCUCACAGCCACUGCUCGACGGCUUUGCUAUGGGGGCCUCCGUGACCAUCCUGACCUCGCAGCUCAAGCACCUGCUGGGUGUGCGGAUCCCGCGGCACCAGGGGCCCGGCAUGGUGGUCCUCACAUGGCUAAGCCUGCUGCGUAGCGUUGGGCAGGCCAACGUGUGCGACGUGGUCACCAGCACGGUGUGCCUGGCGGUGCUGCUAGCCGCGAAGGAGCUCUCAGACCGCUACCGACACCGCCUGCGGGUGCCUCUGCCCACGGAGCUGCUGGUCAUCGUGGUGGCCACACUCGUGUCCCACUUCGGGCAGCUCCACAGGCGCUUUGGCUCCAGCGUGGCCGGCGACAUCCCCACGGGUUUCAUGCCCCCUCAGGUCCCGGAGCCCAGGCUGAUGCAGCGUGUGGCCCUGGAUGCCGUGGCCCUGGCCCUCGUGGGCGCGGCCUUCUCCAUCUCGCUGGCGGAGAUGUUCGCCCGCAGCCAUGGCUACUCUGUGCGCGCCAACCAGGAGCUGCUGGCUGUGGGCUGCUGCAACGUGCUACCCGCCUUCCUCCACUGCUUCGCCACCAGCGCCGCCCUGGCCAAGAGCCUGGUGAAGACAGCCACUGGCUGCCGGACACAGCUGUCCAGUGUGGUCAGCGCCACCGUGGUGCUGCUGGUGCUGCUGGUGCUGGCACCGCUGUUCCACGACCUCCAGCGAAGCGUGCUGGCCUGCGUCAUCGUGGUCAGCCUGCGGGGGGCCCUGCGCAAGGUGUGGGACCUCCCACGGCUGUGGCGGAUGAGCCCGGCCGACACGCUGGUCUGGGCGGGCACCGCGGCCACCUCCAUGCUGGUCAGCACAGAGGCCGGGCUGCUGGCCGGCGUCAUCCUCUCACUGCUCAGCCUGGCCGGCCGCACCCAACGCCCACGUGCCACCCUGCUGGCCCGCGUCGGGAACUCGGCCUUCUACGAGGAUGCCACAGAGUUCGAGGGCCUCGUCCCCGAGCCCGGCGUGCGGGUGUUCCGCUUCGGGGGGCCGCUGUACUAUGCCAACAAGGACUUCUUCCUGCAGUCACUCUACAGCCUCACAGGCCUGGACGCGGGGUGCAUGGCUGCCAGGAGGAAGGCGCGGGGCUCAGAGUGGGAGGUCGGCAAGGGAGGCCCUGCCCGGGGCAAGGACCUGGGGCCGGUUAGCAGCAGGGCUGCGCUGGCGCCUGCGGCAGCCGGAUUCCACACAGUGGUCAUCGACUGCGCCCCGCUGCUGUUCCUGGAUGCAGCCGGUGUGACCACGCUGCAGGACCUGCGCCGGGACUACGGGGCCCUGGGCAUCAGCCUGCUGCUAGCCUGCUGCAGCCCUACUGUGAGAGAUGUUCUGAGCCGAGGAGGCUUCCUCGGGGAGGGCCCCGGGGACGUGGCUGAGGAGGAGCAGCUGUUUCUCAGUGUGCACGACGCCGUGCAGACAGCACGAGCCCGCCACAGGGAGCUGGAGGCCACUGAUGCCCACCUGUAGCAGGGCCAGGCCUGUCCAGCAGCCUCUGCUCCCUCCGGGGGCGCCCACAGCAGACAUCUGCAAGUCACUGCUGAGACCCUUCCCAGGGAAGAGCCGCCCAAGAGCUGCACUCUUGUGCCACAGCUGCCCUGGGGAAACGGGGGAACCCUGACUGGGGAAGGAGGGCCUCUGAUCACACGCGGGACCCAAAUACUCAGAAAUCAAGAA